AUGGCAAAACGAAAAAUCAAGGUGAACCCAACAAUUCAUGACAUUUUUGACGAUUUUGGUGAAUGGACCUCAAUUCAUGCCAUACCUCACGUAGCGUUGGCGGAUACUGUAUGUAUAGCCUUCUUUUGGAUUAUUGUAUUCUUGGUUUGUGCUUGUAUCAUGAUCUACAUGAUAUACAACUCAUUUUCCAAUUUUUUGUCAUACCCAACUACAUUAACAUCGAGACAAGUUAGUGGUCAACAAGACUUUCCCUGCGUUACAGUAUGCAAUGGAAGUCCGUGGAGGUUGUCUGGGGCUGGUAAUACUCCACUAGCGGAUUUGGUAAGGUUAUGGUAGAGUACGACAAGGUAGAGUACAGUAAGACAAAUUACUGUAAGAUGAGGUAAGAUAUGGUAAUUUAAGGUAUGGUAGAGCAAGGGCAGGGUAAGGAUAUGCCCAAUGUAGGACAAGGGUACGGUAAAAGUGGGGAAAGAGUAGGGUAGGAUAGGGUAGGGUAGGGUAAGGUAGGGUAGGGUAGGGUAGGGUAGGGUAGGGUAGGGUAGGGUAGGGUAGGGUAGAGUAGGAUAGGGUAGGGUAGGGUAGGGUAGGGUAGGGUAGGGUAGGGUAGGAUAGGAUAGGGUAGGGUAGGGUAGGGUAAGGCAGGGUAAGGUAGGGUGGGGUAGGGUAGUGAUAGGUAUGUUACCACCAACCUGCUAUACCUAUAUUUUUAGAUUGAUGCCUACAAUGCUGGAGCAACUUCAUCUCAAUUUGGCUUUGAAAAGCCCUUUACUAUGAAGGAUGCUAUGAGGGCCAAGACUUGGACACAGUUUAUGUAUGAAGACCUCAAGGCAGCUGAUGAGAAUGUACGUUUGAAAAGAACCGGGGUGGGCCAAAGGAAACAUAAAAAAAGGGUCUAGCCGAAAAUUUGGACCAGACAGAAAAACUGGGCCCAGCCUAGUCUCAAGGUCUAGUCAAGAUGUCUUACAAGACGUAUUUCAGGGAACAGCGACAUUAACAUACGAUUUUCUGGAAGAUUUGAUGAUAAGUUGUGAUUACCUACAAGCUUCUUGUGACUUUACGUAAGUGGUCCAAAGCUAAUUUUUCUAAAAAACUUUGUUGUCCUAGCCAAAAUUACAGUACCAUGUUUAUAGUGGAAACAUUGACUACUUUUAUGACGCAUAUUUUGGAAAGUGUGCCAUAAUAAACUCAAAUGCUUCUUGGAUUACGACUAGAGCUGGGCCUAAUCAGGGGAUGAGAUUGUUUGUUAAAACCCCCGUUGUUGACUACCUACCUUGGGUUCAGACUGAAGGCGUGGUGUUUUAUGUGCAUGGUACGGUAAGGCUUUUGAUCAUUGACCUAUCAUACUAAAACGUACCGUAUGUACCGUACCAUUCGGUGCCGUACCGUGCAUUACCGUACCGUACCGUACAGUACCAUACUGUAUCCUACCUUACCCUACCCUACCCUACCCUACUCUCGCUUCAUCAUACUGUACUCAGCCUACCAUAGUUAAGCCUACUAUCUUAGCUUACUCUACCUUAGGUUUUUGUACUUUGGAGUAGCUUACCUAAGCCUACUGUAACUUAGCCUGAUCUACCCUCUGUUUAGGCCUACGGUGUCUUAGCUUGCUGUCCCUUCGUAUUUCCUGACCUAGCCUACAUGUCUUAGCCUACCAUAUCUAAACCUACUGUACCUUCGCCUACUAUAGGUAAGCCUACCUGACCCGAUCUUAACUUAUCCUUCUUUAACUUACUGUACCUUUAGCUAUCCGUACUAUAUUAUGUUUAUGUAAUUUCAGAACGAAACACCAUUUGAAGACGCCUUUGGCUACUAUGCCAGUGUUGGUCAUGUGUCAUCAGUUGGAGUAGUCUACUUUGAUCGACAAAAACUUGGCCACCCAUACUCAAACUGUGUUGAAAAAUCGACAAAUCAAAACAAUUACUAUAGUAAUGACUAUGAGGUACUCAAAUUUGCUAAUCAUAUCUUAUUAUCUUCUGCGUUGUGCAGUAAUCUUAAGCUCUGCAUUGUGCAAUACAAUAAAUCAUUGCACCGUGCAAACCAAUAAAAUAAUGCACCGUACAAUCUAAAUAAUUUUUGCACUGUGCAAACUAAUAAAAGGCUGCACCGUGCAAUCUAAAUAAUCUUUGCACAGUGCAAACUAAUAAAAGAAUGCACCGUGCAAACCGAUAAAAUAAUGCACCGUACAAUCUAAAUAAUUUUUGCACUGUGCAAAGUAAUAAAUCUUUGCACUGUGCAAAAUAAUAAAAGAAUGCACCGUGCAAUCUAAGUAAUCUUUGCACCGUGCAAAACUAUGAAAUAUCAUUAUUUUUUUAUUUUAGGUCGAAGCCUGUCUCCGAAGUUGCCUCCAAGAUGAAAUUAUAAAAGAAUGUGAAUGCUACGACCCUCAAUACAACUACCCAUCCGAUGUGACAGUACCAUCUUGUUAUAAUACUGAUGAUCCUAAUACGGCUAGUGAGCUUAAAAAAUUGAAAAACAAGACAAAAUCUACUCACUACACCACCAAAAAUUGAAAAAAAAUUUUACCAUGCCCCACCUCCCAAAAAAAAUUUUUUUUACCCCCGCCCAUAUUAAAAGGUGAAAAACGUUUCCUCUCCUACCCACAAACAAAAAAAGCGAAAAAAUUUAAUCCCCCCCCCCUGGUUCCCCCUCCCCCGUCUACUCCCCCCCCCCUCCCUCCGCGUUCGGGUUUGUGUAUCUAUAGUUACAAAAUACCACCCCUCCCUCCUUUUUUUAAUUUUACAGUACCCCAAGAAUGACAUUAUAGUAAAAUAUCGUUUUAGUGGACUGUACCCUAGCCAUUGUCAAUUCACUUGACACUUCAGCCAAUGGCACGUUCGAUAUUAACAGUUGUGACUGUUUACCUAGUUGUGAGUAAGUACCGUAUACCAUUUGUCAUGCUAUAAUUUCAGUCUAUCUUAUUAUCAAAUCUCAAUGUCGACAGCUACAUGGCCUGCUAAAACAUAUACUGUAAGUUUUAAAAAUCAAAAAAGUUUUAAUAAAACAUUUUUAAAUUGAAAAAAAAAAUCAUUUUAAUAUCUACAGCCAGCUGAAUGCUUAAACACAUCAAUAAGCUCACCUUAUUGGAACAGUACGUCCACUUGUAUCGACUGGUACAAACGAAAUACAGUAGGAAUCGAAGUUUAUUUUGAGAGAACUUCAUGGGAAACUGAUUUGGAAGCCGCUUCGUAUACGGGAAGUACCCUACCCUACCCUACAGUACCCUACCCUACCCUACAGUACCCUACCCUACUCUACCAUACCGUACCCUAUCCUACCCUACCCUACCCUACUCUACCCUACCCCCCCCUACCCUACAGUACCCUACCCUACUCUACCAUACCGUACCCUACCCCCCCCUACCCUACAGUACCCUACCCUACUCUACCAUACCGUACCCUACCCUACCCUACCUUAUUCUACUUUAUUCUACCUUAAUAAACUGCCAUUUUUCAGUGGAUCAACCUAGUUGCAGACUCUGGAGGUCAACUAGGUUUAUGGCUAGGAAUGAGUGUAAUAUCAGUCGUUGAGCUUCUUAUCCUAGCCGUAAUUGCCAUAGCCUACAUGAUAGUGAAGCCGAAAUCGGCCGAACUGGUAGAUUACGACUAUUUCGAAGAGUUUAAUAAAGAAGUAGGCUUAUUACUGUAUUUUUACAGUGUCCUUUUUUAAUUAGUUAAAAUGUGUCAUUAUGACAUAUUUUUUGAACAUCUUUUUUUUUAAUUUUCGGAAAAAAAAAUUUAUUUUGAAAUUUCAGUUGAAAAAGCAACAAAAAGAAUUGGUGGGAUCAAAGCACGGAACGGUCGAUCUACCUCCGCCAGUUACCGAGCCAGCACCGGUUAUACCUAUUACUGAUAUUACCUCAACAGCAGCUCAAUCUAAUUAA